GGCGCUCCCCCUGCCGGGCGGCGCAACCACAACAAGCCUGAACUUGUCGCGGGAUGGGAGCACGAGGCCGUCGGUAGGCGCGACCCGGGCAGCGGCGGGACCCUAGGGCGGGGAGGCGGGUUCGGCCCCCCUCGCUUCCCCGCGCCCGUGAAGCGGCCGCCCCAGGCUGGAGGGAGGCGGCUGCAGGGGCCCGGGGCGGGCCGAGCUGAGCCGCGGCGGCGUCAGUGAAGGCCGGCCGCUCCGCCCCGUCGGGGAAGGAGCGGUAUUUAACCCGGGGCCGGUCGGGCUGCGGCGGCAGAGACAGGCGACUAACCCCCGUGAGGGGUUCGAAGAGCGGCGGCUCAGUCCCACCUCGAGUCUGCAAGCCGUCGCGGGGAGUGGGCAGCGCGGGCUCCUUCGCCGUUCCCGGGCAUCUCUCCGGAGCCCGUCCCGUCUUCUGCCGCCAUGAAGCGCCAGUCGCCGGCCAGACAGAGUUGCAUCAGCCGCUGCUGCCGCCGCCUCCUGCCGCUGCUGCUCCUGCUCUUCCUCCACCUGCCCGGCGCCGAACUUGGGUCGUGCUGCCCGCCUGCUCCGCCCGGGCGCGGGGCGCGGCUCUCGCUGGCCAGGAAACCGUGGGUCUCAAACCACCGUUCUACCUGGCUUCCGAAGAGGCUAUCCAAGAAGAACGGGCUGCCUUGGCUGGCUCAGAAGCAGCCUGGGAUGGCAGGCAGCCUGUUCCCUCUCCGAGAGCUCCCUAGGCUCAGACUGGACCCCCUGCAGCUUGGCUAUGGCCCUCUGCCUCGUCCUGCCCUGAUGCCAGCGCUACGUCGAAAGCGCCGCGCUGCCCAGCUAAUGCGUGUGGGUUGUGCUUUGGGCACCUGCCAAGUGCAAAAUCUCAGCCAUCGGCUUUGGCAGCUGAAGGGCCAGUUGGGACGCCAGGAUUCCUCUCCCAUCAGUCUCCAUAGUCCCCACAGCUAUGGCUGAAGUCAGAGGGUGGUGCCAGGACCAGGAACGCACCUGCUCCUUGCCCUGAACAUUUCCAGCAGCCCUUCCUCCUCCUCAAGACCUCCUAUGCCACCCACUAGUCUUCCUGCUGGACCUACAUGUAGGACAUUCCCCUGGUGGGUGGGCUGGGAUGUGGGCCUUGAGAAAAAGCCAGUGUGAGGUAGGGAGCUGCUGCUGGAGGGACCUGAGCAGCAGAAGUCCCAGUUGUCAUCUCUCAGGAGUGUGUUGGGUGCAGCUGUACAAUAGCCUCACUUCCCCCUCUAUAGUGGCAAGUGGGAGAGGAAAGUUUAUCAACAGAUGGGAUCAUUCCUUAUUAACAUUGGUAGCGUCAUAGAAGGAGAAUCAGCUUUGCCUUUCAGUGAAUCACUCUCUUUCCCGCACGCAUUCUGAAAAUUAAUAAAACAAUCUAAGCAUGGAUUUUAUCUCUGCGUGCACCACCUCAAAGCUUGGGCUGUAAGAGAGGAUGAGCCAUGUCAAAAAGGAGGCAUCCCUCCCCCUCGGAAUGGUUCAUGCGGGAUGCUGCUGCUAUUGCCUGGAUAACGUGUGAGCGUGUAGCUGUACAAGUGUGGUCUGAAAAAGUGAGACUGGUUGGGUUUCAAGGGAGGGCGUGCACCUCCUCAGCCCCUUCUCUGUGGCUUUGGUGCCCCGCUUGUGUUCAGCAGGCUUUCCCCACAGUGGUGCGAAUGAGAGUUAAUGCAGGGUGCGUUUGAAACCCAGAGCUGUUCUUUGGGUCACUUGGUAUGCAGCUUUUUCUCCCAACUGCCAUGUGAAGAUAGAAUUGUGUGUGGAACUGCCCCAGCAAAAUAACCUCAGAUAGUGAUCUGAUUAAUGGCCCUGGGGUCCAGUGCAGGCGAUUGUGUCUUCUAGGCAUCGAAAAGCAUCUGCGGGCAUUUCUCCAUAACAAAAUCUGCCCUGGGAAAACUGGAAUGUUGAAUCUUAAUAAAAGAUGUGAAGACUA